AUGAGGGCGUUCAAGACGCGGAAAAUCUCCAGGUCCGUUCGAACGUACUGCUUAUACGUCGCCCUGGGUACCGUCUUCGUCAUCAUCUGCAAUGCAGACGCCUUUCGGUUUCGAACAUCUUCAACGAAAUUUCCCAUUCCCUCUCAAGAAACAUCAUGGCUGUCGAAAAAAGCCAAUAUAUAUGGGAAAAACACGCGUCCAGAAGAACCUAUUGGCCUUGUCAAGCCUGAAGAGCACCCCAUACCGAAGUUGAUACAGGAGGCUGAAUCAAAGUACGAGGAAAAGCUGCAACGGCAGAGUAAGACUCUGGGAGAUGCAGUGGCAGAGUACAAAAGACGGUAUCGACGGGAACCGCCCAAGGGCUUCGACGAGUGGUGGGAUUUCGCGCAAAAGUACGAAGUGAAGAUGGUAGAUGAGUACGAUGGGUUGAUGGAGGAUUUGGCUCCAUUUUCCGAGCUUUCUGGUGAAGAAGUACGCCGUCGUGCUGCCCAGGCUGGUCAACUGCCAUCAAUUGAUUUGCUUCGCAUCAAGGGCGGGAAGGUCACGAUUGAAAAUAAUCAUGGAGGGUUCAAGGACUCAGAAGUCAGUGCUCGAGCUCGUGGAUUUCGUUCUAUGCUUGGGAAGUUCAUGAAAAAGCUUCCAGACAUGGAUUUUCCAAUUAAUGCUAAGGCAGAGGGCAGAGUUGUCGUUCCUUGGGAGCAUCAACGUUACCCCAAUCUCACGCAGCAGGAUUCUUCAGGUGGAAUUGACUCAAUGCUGGGCGGGAAGUUCAAGCCAGAUUGGGGUUCAGACGGCAACGUCUGGGACUCGUGGCGUCGAACGUGUUCUCCAGACAGCCCCGCUCGCCGUCUUUAUUUCUCUAUGCGGAAUCAAGCCAUCUCACAUGGGAAAAACUACUUGGCCUCCGUUGCGCCAAGUCGUGGUUACGAUUUUGGCUUCUCACCAACCACGUCUUCUGCUGUCAAUUACUGCGAUGAACCCCAUUCACACGUCCUUCAAGGCCACUUUUUCUCCGACUGGCGAACAUUACCAGCGCUAUACCCGAUAUUCAGUCCAGCCAAGGCCAGAGGAUUUCUCGAUAUCAGAAUACCCAGUCAUUAUUAUUACGGAAGCACGAAAGGUUAUACCUAUGGUUGGGACUUUGACAAGAAGGUGCUGGUCGAGGUGGACGCUAUGGAAGUUCCAUGGGAAGACAAAAUCGACAAGAUUUUCUGGAGGGGUGCGACCACGGGAGGCGGAAACCACCCACCCGGCUUCACGCCCCAGUUUCAAAGGCACAGAUUUCUUCGAAUGGCCUCAGAUAAAUCAGAAACUAACCGCACAGUCCUCGCUACAAAACCUAAUUCUACGGGUUUCGUUCCUGUUUCCGUUCCAGUUGGCCAGCUGAACGAGGAGAUUAUGGACACUGCUUUUGUCAAAGUAGCAGGACAAUAUCCUGGCGGCCUUUCAGCACUGAUGACUGCACACCGCUUCGCGAACCCCGUCCCACUGGGAAAACAUUGGUCAUACAAGUACCUGGUCGAUAUGGACGGGAUGAGCUACAGCGGCAGGUUUCUCGCCUUCCUCGCUAGUGACAGCGUGCCUCUCAAAGCCACCGUGUAUGACGAGUUCUUCUCUGAUUGGAUUCAGCCCUGGUAUCACUUCAUUCCUUUGUCACCAUCAUACCAAGAAGUUUACAACAUCUACACGUACUUCUCUGGGCCGACUUCGGCUGUUUUCAAAGCAGCGAACUUUACAGACGUGGCUAUCCCCUCUCCUCACCAGAAGCGGACACCCCCACUGGAGGGCGACGAGCAUUUGCGUCGGAUCGCCACUGCCGGAAAGCGGUGGAAGAAAACCAUUGGUCGGACAUUGGAUAUGGAGGUCUACGUCUACCGACUAUGCUUAGAGUGGGCUCGACUCUGGGCAGAUGACCGCGACUCCAUGAAUUUCAGCCUCCCGUAG